AGGCGUGCUGACCCGCAGGCUGGUCGUGGGCGUGACGUCCCCCCCAGCGCCUCCGUCCGGCUCCGCCCCUGCCUGCCCAGGCCCCGCCCCUCCGUCCUCGGUGUUGCCAUCAAGUCGCAGGCGCAGCGAUGGCGGAGGGUGUGGAGCGCACCGACGAGCUGGUCCGCGAGUACCUGCUCUUCCGCGGCUUCACGCACACUCUGCGGCAGCUCGACGCCGAGAUCAAGGCGGACAGGGAAAAGGGCUUCCGGGUGGACAAAAUUGUGGACCAGCUACAGCAGUUAAUGCAAGUGUAUGACUUGGCUGCCCUUCGGGAUUAUUGGAGCUACCUGGAGCGUAGACUCUUCAGCCGCUUGGAGGAUAUAUAUAGACCCACCAUCAAUAAGUUGAAAACCAGCCUGUUCCGCUUUUAUCUUGUCUACACAAUCCAGACAAACAGAAAUGACAAAGCUCAGGAGUUCUUUGCAAAGCAGGCCACAGAGCUCCAGAACCAGGCAGAGUGGAAGGAUUGGUUUGUCCUGCCCUUCUUGCCAUCCCCAGAUACCAACCCCACCUUCGCUACCUACUUUUCUCGACAGUGGGCUGACACCUUCAUUGUGUCCCUGCACAACUUCCUGAGUGUCCUGUUUCAAUGCAUGCCAGUUCCUGUGAUCUUGAACUUUGAUGCAGAGUGCCAGAGGACCAACCAGAUUCAAGAAGAAAAUGAAAUUCUUCGUCAGAAGCUUUUUGCCUUGCAAGCUGAAAUCCACCAGCUGAAGAAGGAAGAGCAACAGCCUGAAGAGGAAGAGGCCUUGGUCCAACACAAAUUGCCUCCUUACGUCUCCAGUAUGGACCGCCUGGGGGACUCUGAGCUGGCCAUGGUGUGCAGCCAGAGGACUGCCUACCUCUCCCAGUCGCCUCGAGUAGGCUUCUUGUCCUCACUGCUGCCUCAGAGUAAGAAGAGCCCCUCCAGGUUGUCGCCUGCCCAAGGACCCCCUCCAGCUCAGAGCUCAUCCAAGAAAGAGUCCUUCAGCAGUCAGGCCACCAAGGGAAAGGACCUGACAGCUGGGGCCAAGGAUGGGAAGAGCCUCCUAUGCGGGCCGGUCCCUGGAGAGUCGAGCUGGGCUCAGCAGCGGCAGCGGCGCCUGCAGGACCAUGGCAAGGAGCGGAAGGAGCUCUUCUCUACCACCUCUUCCCAGUGUGCAGAGAAGAAGCCUGAAGCUGGUGGCCCAGAAGCUGAGCCCUCCCUGGAUCUUCACACGGAGCUGGUGGAACCACUGACACGGGUGUCCACAGCCGGGCCUGAGGGAGCAGGAGGCCGCACGGAGCAGCCCUUCAUCGUGCUGGGUCAGGAGGAGUAUGGGGAGCACCACUCGUCCAUCAUGCACUGCAGAGUGGAUUGCUCAGGGAGGAGAGUCGCCAGCCUAGACGUAGAUGGGGUCAUCAAAGUGUGGUCCUUCAACCCCAUCAUGCAGACCAAAGCAUCCUCCAUUUCCAAGUCACCGCUGCUCUCCCUGGAAUGGGCCACCAAGCGGGACAGGCUGCUGUUACUCGGCAGUGGUGUGGGCACAGUGCGUCUCUAUGACACGGAAGCCAAGAAGAAUCUCUGCGAGAUCAACAUCCACGAUGAUAUGCCCAGAAUCCUGUCUCUUGCGUGCAGCCCCAAUGGGGCCUCUUUUGUCUGCUCGGCCGCAGCUCCAAGCCUCACCUCGCAGGUGGACUCCUCAGUACCAGACAUUGGCAGCAAGGGCAUGAACCAGGUUCCUGGCAAGUUGCUGCUGUGGGACACGAAAACCAUGAAGCAGCAGCUCCAGUUCUCUGUGGACCCAGAGCCCAUUGCUAUCAACUGCACGGCUUUCAAUCACAACGGGAACCUGCUGGUCACAGGGGCAGCUGAUGGCGUCAUCCGGCUGUUCGACAUGCAGCAGCACGAGUGCGCCAUGAGCUGGCAGGCCCACCAUGGGGAGGUGUAUUCUGUGGAAUUCAGCUGCGACGAGAAUGCCGUGUACAGCAUUGGCGAGGAUGGCAAGUUCAUUCAGUGGAACAUCCACAAGAGUGGCCUGAAGGUGUCUGAGCACAGCCUCCCCUCGGAUGCCACAGGUCCCUUUGUGCUGUCUGGUUACAGUGGUUACAAGCAGGUUCAAGUCCCCAGGGGCCGGCUCUUUGCUUUCGACUCAGAGGGCAACUACAUGCUGACAUGCUCUGCCACGGGGGGCGUCAUCUACAAGCUGGGCGGUGAUGAGAAGGUCCUGGAGAGCUGCUUGAGCCUGGGUGGCCACCGGGCGCCUGUGGUCACUGUGGACUGGAGCACCGCCAUGGACUGUGGGACUUGCCUCACUGCCUCCAUGGAUGGCAAAGUCAAGCUGACCACCCUGCUGGCCCACAAGGUCUGACAGGCAGCCGAGGGACCAUGGAACUGGCAUCAUCCCAGGCCACAGGAGGGGACAGGACGCCCACUGCUAGCUCCUGCCAGCAAGUGUCCAGUGAAAGAUUGUCCACCACAGUGACUGGGACAGGAGCCUCAUGGGGCGGGUGACGCGCUUCCUGGAGACCAGAAGGAAAGCUCAGGGAUGAGGAGAGUCAGGGCACUGUGUGGGCCCAGGAGAGUAGCAGUGUUCUGUGUUUAUUUGCUUAUUUGUCUUCUUUUUUAAAAAAGAAUGCUCUUGCCAUGAGCCGGUAUACCUUUCGAGGAUGUGUGUGUCCCUUUGCCCUGUGAUCCGGGACCUCGGCGGGCCUUCCUCACCAGCUCUCCCUGCCCUGUGCUCGGCAGGUCCCAGGGGCUUUGCCAGGAGAAGGACAUGGGCCCACCGUGCUUUGUUUUGGUCGGGCUCCAGGCAAGUUUGGAGUGUCCUCUGACUACCUGAGAGUUGGUGACAUUUGUGACAGAAGCCUCUCAAGACGGGGCAGGGGCUCUGCCGCUGGCUGCCCUUGCCUUCUGAUGCCUGCUAUUAUGAGCGUCUCUCUCUGGGUGGCUCCUCUCAUUCUUCAGUUUGGCAUCCUUGGGACUGACUAGUGCCUGCUGCCUGCACCCUCUGCUGGUGAAUGGUGAGACAGUGAGCAAUGGCCAAGUUUCCCAGAGGGUACAAGGAUUUCCGGCCCGCCCUUGGGUCUGAGCUGAGCCUGGGCCAGCUUUGUCCAUGCUCCUGCCCGAGGCCUGCACCCAUCUCUCUGGCCUGACACCCUGAAGAGGCAGAUUCUCCACAGGUGGGGAGCCAACAUCCUGUCCCUCCUGUGUAACACGGCUGAUGCUGGGCUCCUGUAGCAGGCAUCCUGGGAUUGGAGGGUCUGGGCCUGGGAUUUCCACACUGGCAGGGUGAUCUUGUCGCUUACCCAGAGAGGGCCACUGCUCAAGCUACCCAGAACAGUCGUUUAGAGCAUAGGGCUGGCGGGGCAUGCUCCUGGGUACCUACUCUGGGAAAAGCACCAAGGCUCUAAGGCUGUGGCUCCCUUCCGCUGGGACUGAGGAGAGGUAAGAAGGACUGUGUGUGUGGAUGAUGGGAGAAAACAUCAGGGUCUGAGCAGUAAGUAGCCAUUUUCAGCCAUUUCAGCCCCUCAGAUGAAGAAAACCCAGGCUUCCCCACUUACACUCUCCCAUCUUCAGCACUGAAACAGCAGCCUCAUCUGUCCCGCCCAGUGAGUGAUCCUGGCUUUCAUCUGGGCUGAAUGAAAGGCUCCUCGCCUCCUCACAGUUUCUCUGUCUCGUGCCCACAGCUGGCUGACUGUCAUUACUGGUCAGAGCUCCACAGGAACCCUUGGAACCCUGGUCAUCUUCCCUGUCCCCAGCCCUCCGAGAAGUGCUCAUCUUCAGAUACAGCGUGUGGAAUUGUACCUCUCCCUCAGAGCACUUGGUCGGCAUCUACCCAAGAGCCCGAGCACGCUCCCCCUUAUCUGGAGGGAUAGGACUGAGAGGUGGGCAAGGCCUUGGUUUCCCCUCUGCACCUGCCUGGUGCUGACCACCUAGCCUGGCCUGGCCUGUGCCUGCAGCUUUGCAGAUGCAUUUCUGGUUUUCUCUCUUCUUCAGACACCUGCCUGCACUUCUGCUUGCAGGCUCAGACCCAAAUCCAGCCCCUUGGUGUGGCAUUCAGAUGCCCAGGGCUCAACAUGGUGCACAUGAUGCACACAACAUACAUAUUAUGGACCAACUCAGCCUGGUGAAUUGUUGCCUCGCAAUAAACAUACAACAUUUUAUCUAUUAAUUUAAAAAAUAAAAAAAUGUUAAAAUCCCAAU